GGCAAGUUAACUUAGAAUGGAGUCUUAAGCACAAAAUGGAGUUUAUUCAGCUACCUCAGUUCCUUCACAGUGAAGAAAGUGAAACUCGAAGUUCUGGUGAAGUGUUUGCCUGAACUCGUCACCACGUGGGUCACUGGAUUUCAAUGCUACUCAGGACCUGGGGAAGACAGGGAUCUGGACUAGUUCCAAGCCGAGUCGUGGGGACCAAGCUUUCUCCCCUCCAGUGGCAUCAGGAGUAACACUUCCAGUACUCUGCUCCCUGGGGUCAAGGUUUUUGUUUCUCGCAGUAGUAUGACUUUAAGCCACUUGCCAUCCGUGAGGCUAAAGGACUCACAAAUACUUCGUCAGGACGGAGGGGGCUCAUUGUGAACAAUGUUUAUCGCACCCAAACCAAAACUCAAAGUAGCUUUUUGCUUAAAACACGUAGUGAAUUAAAGCAAGAAAUCCACAUUUCUACCACUUUUCGUUUGCAAACGAGGCCUUAAGGAAGGAUGGUGCUGGGCAGCUACUCCACGAAGAAGGCUUCCCUUCCCUAGUGAUGGGCUUCCCCCGAUGUCUUAAAAAUAUAUCUGGCUCUCUCCCAUCUGUGAGCCCCAGGCAUCUCCCGAUUCUCAUCCAUGCUUAUCUCCCCAUGGCAACCAACGAAAACAUGGGGGGGGUGGGAGUUGCUCGUUUGAGAACUGGGAACAGCUGAAGGAAGCUGGUGGCUGGUGUGGUCUUUCAGUCAACUACUGAGAUAAGGACUGAAGAGAGGAAAGAGGGGAGCAUGAAUGAAUCAUGCAAGCCCCGCCCCUUCCGACCUCCCCACUUCCGGCCUCUCCUUUUGGACUUCCCCAGGCCCUCCUCCACUCACCCUCUAGCUAGUUCCUUUUGAAGAGCUUGGGAAACCCCUGGCAGCUGUCCUCUUGCUUCAGGGACUUCCCUCUGGGACUCGUGCUCCAGAGAGGCCUUCCUGACUUCAGGCAGAGUGUACAACUCUUCAGUGACAGGGAUGGCAGGAGGUAGGGUGACCACAGCCGUUCUACUUACAGAAAUCUGCCUAUACAACUGGAGCGCCCCUGUUGCGGCGAUCCUCGUUCAGUCCAGGGGUGAGCAUGUGCCUUAUGUGAGGGGACUGGAGGGUCUCGCUAUCGGGAGAGGUUGACGCUGGUCGGUGUGCCACUUUGUGCCCAUACAGGGUCAACUUAUCUUCCACCGCCAUCUUUAUUGGGGUAGACGUCACCGUGGUCCCUAGAAGCUUCCAAAUGCUCCAUGAUCAGACAGAAACCAAGUUCGCAAUAUGGAGAGUUAAUGUUUGGAGGGAUGAAGACUCCAGGGUCUAGAAGGCAGCAGGGUCUUGUGAGAGCCGUAUUGGUUUGGCUGACAUACUCCCUCAGUAGAGGGAUUUCUAUAGGAAGCAGAAGUAGACGCCUGAGUCGGCUCAGAGAGAGUUGGGCCCAAUGAAUGAGCUAAUGGACAGUUCUCAGAGGAAGCAAGAAUGGCCAACGAAUAUAUGAAAAAAAUGUUCACAUCCUUAGUCAUCAGGGACAUGCUAAUCAAAACUGCACUGAUUUUUUUCACCCCAGUCAGACUGGCUAUCAUGGGAUAACAAGGUGGGGGGUGUGGAGGAACCCUAUGUACAGAUGGUGGGAAAGCAAAACUCAUGAAGCUGCAGUAGAAGUCCAUGUGGAGGAACCUCAGAAAACUGAAGAUACAGCCACUGUAUGGCCCAGCCACACCACUCCUGAGCCCACCCAAAAGGACUGUGUCAGUGUUCUUCCGAGAUGCCAGCACACCCAUGUUUAUUCUAGUCCUAGUCACAGAGACCAAGAUACAGAAGCUGGCUAAAUGUCCAUCUACAGAUACAAGGACAAGGAAAAGGUGGUGUGUAAACACAGUGAGGUUUUCUUCAGCCAUAAUGAACAAAAUUACACCAUUUUCAGGAAACUGUCUGCAACUGGAGAUCAUUGUGUGGAGCAAAAUAAACUAGAUUUAGGCAAAUAUAUUUCUCUCACAAAAGGACUCUAGAUGCUAUUUAUAAACACAGAGAUAAUAUCUGUUUAUAACGUGCAUAAUUAUUAAAACAUUGUACACACACACACACAUAUAUAUACAUAUAUAUGAAAUAGGAAGGAACCUAGACAGAGGAAGGAAAUGGACAGGGAGACAAGGAAGAAAGACAGAAGAUAAUGUCGCUCACAUGCAGAGUCUAUGUUUAGGUGCAGUUUGAUUGUGUGCAGGUUGUCACAGCUGCAGUGAGUCUAUGAGUGCCUCAGCUGUGUCAACUCCAUAGCAACCCCACCAGCAGCUCUUGAAGGCUUCCCUGAGGCUUGUGGAUGUGUGUGUGCAAAUGGCCCGUUUGUAGCCAAGAGUCACUCACUCUCAGCUCUUUGAGUUCUGAAUCUCUGUAUGAACCAUUACAGGAGGCAGUUCCCCCAAACCUGUGGAUAGAAAUGGAAACAUGUCAGGGCAGUUUGUUGCUCAACCAUUUAGCAAAGCAACAGUAUGAGGGACAAAGAUGUGUGUUCUCUCCCCUCAUGUGUGGAACACACACACACACACACACACACACACACACAAAGACUAUUUUGGAGAAGAGAGGAGACCAACAAGAGUAAAAAGUAAAAAGGGGGACAAGGAAUGGCAGGGACAGGUACAUAUGAGUAAAAUGAAUUAUAAUUAUAUAUAUCAAACAUGAUAAAACCCCAUUAUUUUGUAUGCUAACUUAAAAAUUAAUAAAAAGGAAAAGUAACUAUCUAAGAAAAAGUAAACACAUUUAUAUCUUAUACUGUAAUUAAUUACAAACUAGUUAAAUAGAAAAUACCGGGAUAGAUAUAUUUUAAAUAUUAAAUAGGUACUGUAAAAUUAUUAAAAGAAAGCUUACGAGAUUAUAUAUAUCCCCCACUGAAAAAUGUGUGUCACAGCUGGACACUCAUUGGUUAAGAGCACUGGUCUUUCCAAGGACCCAGGUUCAAUUCCCAGAACCCCCAUGGCAGCUCACAGUAUCCCCUGACUCCAUUUCCAGGGCUUCUGACACCCUCAUACAUACAGGCAAAACACCAACAGAUACAAGAUAAGUUCUAGCUGGGCAGUGGUGGCACACGCCUUUUAUCACAACACUCUGGAGGCACAGGCAGGGACUCAAAGUUCCUAGUUCAAAGACAGCCUGGUCUAAAGAGUGAGUUCUAGGACAGCCAAGGCUACACAGUGAAACCCUGCCUCAUAAAAGUAAAGAGAGCGAGAGCGAGAGCGAGAGCGAGAGAGAGAGAGAGAGAGAGAAAAAAUGUUUGAGGCCUUAACAAACUGAGAGAAAAGAAAGGAAGGAGAUGAAGAGGGGUGGGGGGAGGAAGAGGAAGAGUAGUCAUAUAGUGGGAUAUAACUCUCCUUAUUGAUAAGAAAAAAGAAUUAGUUCCAGCAGCCCCCUGAAGAAGGUGGGAAGGUUCUGCAGCAUGUGACAGUGUCAUCCACUGUGAGGGAAUCGUAAAUGAGAACCAUAGGACCAUGCUAUGUCUCACUUCUCACAGCUAUGGCAGUGGGCUGUCCGUGACAGCGCUGAGACAGACAGACAGACAGACGCUUUCAUCCCCUGCUCCUAGGAAGGAAGGUUGGCUGCCGACACUUUGUGGAGUGAAGCAGACAGCACGUGCAAACCCCACGCCCUGACUGGUGUAAAUCCUCUCAUACACAAAGCGUAAAGGAGCAGGAGGUGGUUUUGUGGCCUCAGUUGCGUGAGUGUUUGCAAGCUGCCCCCUUGCACAUCAAAAGGAGAAGAGCAAGCAAAUUUUGGUUCUUUGGAGUGAAGAAAUAUUACAAAGCUGAAUAAAAGAAUGCGUGUGCCUUGUAUACAGUGCGGCGGCCUCUGCAGCCACCUCAGCCAGCAGCGUGAUGGUCCCUGGGAGGCCAGUUUGGUUCAACAUAACUAGGCAGUGUUUGUACAUAACUAGCCAGUGUUUGUACAUAACUAGCCAGUGUUUGUACACAACUAGACAGUGUUUGUACAUAACUAGCCAGUGUUUGUACAUAACUAGCCAGUGUUUGUACAUAACUAGCCAGUGUUUGUACACAACUAGCUAGUGUUUGUACAUAACAACUAGCCAGUGUUUGUACAUAACAACUAGCCAGUGUUUGUACAUAACUAGCCAGUGUUUGUACACAACUAGCUAGUGUUUGUACAUAACAACUAGCCAGUGUUUGUACAUAACAACUAGCCAGUGUUUGUACAUAACAACUAGCCAGUGUUUGUACAUAACCAGUCAGUGUUUGUACAUAACAACUAGCCAGUGUUUCUACAUAACUAGCCAGUAUUUGUACAUAACAACUAGCCAGUGUUUGUACAUAACAACUAGCCAGUGUUUGUAUAUAACUAGCCAGUGUUUGUACAUAACUAGCCAGUGUUUGUACAUAACUAGCCAGUGUUUGUUCAAACUUCUGGUGUCUGACCCCGAUUAGUAUGUUUUAGAUAUGUUUAAGCACAGCACAAGUUAGUGAAAACUUAUUCUGGUGUUUAAUUAGCUCAGCCCCAUGUGCACCACAAAGCAUACUUAAAUCUCUUAGAGGAACAAAAUAAGCUAAGUCCACAGCGGAUGUGACUACAUCAAACCUUCUUGUAAAGUCCAUAAAGAUGAGUGCUACAGGGGUGGGGAUUUAGCUCAGUGGUAGAGCGCUUGCCUAGCAAGCGCAAGGCCCUGGGUUCGGUCCCCAGCUCUGAAAAAGGGGAAAAAAAAAAAAGAUGAGUGCUACAGAUUGCCUGGAGAAAGCUGGCUUAUAAUAAGGUCUCUGUCACACAGAUAGUGUGAAGGUCACCGAGCUAUUAACCAUGUCUGCUUACAGCUUUCUGGGCAGAUAACAGGUUACACAUUCCUUCCCUUGAAGGAACAGCACCUUGUGUUUAGUAUUCCAGGUUCCCCUAGUGCUUACUGUGAGCACAAAGACCAUUGCACCUCCUAUGACACAGCGAGACGGAAUAAUCCUAGGGGUGCGUAGAAAGGGGCUCAAAGGGCUGGGCAUGGGAAAUCCAAAAGUGCUCCUAGUACUUAGGAAGUGAGGGCAGGAGGAUGUCUGCAGUUACAAGGUUACAAAAAGCCUGGCUUUAUUUUGGCAACUUGCUCCAUUGAAACGUUGUUGCUCAGUGGAGUCCAAAGAGGCAACCCUGUGUCCCCCUAAGUUCUGGAAUACAGGGAUUCGUGAGUUGGCUAGAUACAGUAUCUCUGGGCCUUGAGCAGCCAAAGGCUCCGGGAGUCCAGCUUCUCUCCUUUUCACCUGUGGAACUCCCUCACUGCAAGUGAGAUAGAAAAAGCAUUUAGGGGAAGGGGUUAAGGGAGCCACAGAGUUUUGUAUUCCAAGUUUCCAUAGUGACGUGUCACUGUGGAAAAAUGAAGGCAUGGUCUUUCCACCCGGCCACAGCUGUCAGCAGGUGUUGAAAAUAACUCACCCUGCAGGCCCAGGGCAGCUGACCUGUGGCCAGAUUUCCUGAAUAAUUGCACAAACUUGGCCUUCCCUGUCAAGCCCAGCAGAAGAUUUAAUAGUGCCUGUUGAUUGAUGCCGGCUGCUGUAAUCCAAUUCUGAGCCAAGGCACAGCCAGCCUCCAGGAGGCUUCUUCAUGUUCCUGGCCUCCUAAUAACAUUGUCUCUCCUCCUCUCUCUCUCCAUCCACCACAGGCCAUUUGGUCAAAUUAGAAGAUAAACUCAAAGAAGCAGAUGCCUUCCUUUAGAUAAGAUCCAAAACAACUCCCCUGUGGAAGGAAAGGGGGAUGGGUUUGUUUUCUUUUGUUCUUGUGGGCUAAGAAGGCGUUGUUGAUAUGUGGCUUUAGUUAAAAUAAUAACAACCAGGAGGUGGCGCUCUUUCACCCUUGUGGCUCCUCUCAAGGGGUGUGUGUGUGUGUGUGUGUGUGUGUGUGUGUGUGUGUGUGUGUGGCAGGGGUUGGGGGUCUUGUCCUCAUGAUGAGUGGCUGCAAACUCCCAAAGCAUUGACACCUAAGUUCUGUGUAGCCUCAGUGUCCCCAGAUUGGUCAACAGAGGCUCAAGGCAGGCUGACCUGCCUUAACCUUUAUCUCGGGGUUCUAAGUAGCUUGUUUUCUCUUUUUAGUAUUAUAACUAUUUUCAAAAAAUUCAACAGGAAUUGUGAAAAGAAUCAUUCAGGAGUCACCAGUAUUCAGCUCACUGCUCUGGGCUAAACAGUGCCCCCCUUAAGUCACCAGUAUUCAGCUCACUGCUCUGGGCUAAACAGUGUCCCCCUUAAGACUCCUCUCCUCUACCCACGGCCUGUACAUCAGAGUGGAACUGUUAAGGCCAAGGGGGUCUUUAAAGAAGCAACUGAGUUAAACAAGGCCUGAGGGUGAGCCCUAAUCCACUCUGACAGUGGCCUGAUGAAAAAUUAGGCUUUGGCAUACCAAGAGAGACCAGGGACACAGGCACAGAGGAGAUGAGUGGAGGGGCACAGCAAGAUGGCACCUAGUUGCCCACAAGUCAAUGAGGAAGGGCACAGGAGAAUCUAACCCGUCAACACGUUGACUUUGGCCUUCUGGUGACCAGACUUGUAAGGCAUGAGGGGGUGUUAAUGAAGCCACCUGGUCUGAGACGGGCGGGCAGUAGCCGGGAGGGAGGUAGCCAGCUACCUCCUAGAGAGGUAGAGAUUGCUCCGAAUGGCGGGGAGCUGCUGGCCCACGGAAGCAGUGGGAAGAACGGGAAGGGUGGAAGUGGCUGCAGAGCUGUCCACCAAGCUUGGCUAGGGCGGCUGUGGGACGCUGCCUCCUCACAGGGUUCUGCGCAAAAUUCCUUAUGCACUCCAGUCUGCUCUAGCUCUAUAGCCCAGACCCAUUAACAUGGUUUCACCAAGAGUCAUUUUCCCCUUCGCCAAAUGGAAAUGGUCAGCCAAGAGGACGAACAACAGAAUGUGUGCAAAGUGCUGAUCCAGAUCACCAUUAUUUGAGGGUAGAAGAGGCACAGGCAUUUAAGAAAUAUUUGAGGACUCCAGUAGAAUGUAGGGCUAUCCUACCAGAGCACUGGAUCUGGAGACAGAAUUUAAUACAUUUCAAGGCCUUUGCCAUUGGCGUAAAGACUAGCCCAGAGGGAAACAAAGGUUUAGAUCAGCUCCAGUACAAGGACAAGUGGGGACUUACAGCCAAGGAACCAGCUGGAUGGGUGGAUGGAUGGAAAGGUACUGAGAAGAGACCUUAGGGGAUUCUGGCAGAACCAGCUCGGGGGGUUUUGCAGGCCAGAGUCAUUCAGUGUCAAGGGUGGCAAUGAGGACUUGACCUGAUGAUGCCAAGGAUGAGGAAUUCCUUUAGACUGAUUAACUGGGGGAGGGAGAGGCGGCUACAACUGUGAGAACGGAUGUAGGAGCCCAAAUUCAAGCUGGAGUCUUAGUCAAGAGAGGGAGGCAGGGAGGUUUGGCCAAAACUUGGUCAAGGGGAGGGGGCAGUCUUUGCCAGUAGGCGUCUUUGACCCAUCUCACUGCCCAUCAAAGUCUGAAGAUGGGACUAUAGAUUUGAAGGGGUCUAGGACUGGUGGGAUCCCACACUCUGCUCCCAAACAUGGUGUGUGUGUGUGUGUGUGUGUGUGUGUGUGUGUGUGUGUGCGCGUGCACACGCAUGAUGACACAAGGUCAAGGGUCCGCUCUCAGGAGUUGAUUCUCUCUUUCCACCAUGUGGUGCCUUGGGCCUGAACUUUGAUUGUCAGGGUUGGUGACAAGUGCCUAAAUCACUGAGCCAUCUCAACGACUCUUUCCCUUGAACUGUGAAAUAGGGUCUCACUAUGUAGCCCAGGCUGACUCACAACCCUCCUUCCUCAGUCUCUAGAGUGCUAGGAUUACAGGAUCAUAGCUGUUCACCACCAUAUCUGGCUCCAGCGUAGACGCCUUCGCCUCAUAUAAGAACUUGGGUGCCCGGGGUCAGGUGCUGGAAGUAGGGUGGCUCACAGAUAUCUAUCUGAGCAGCAGUAGUAGGAGAGCCAGAGGAGGCAGACGCUGUGACAGAAUCCAUUUUGGCUGUGAAUGUCAACUACAGGCCCCUGUACAACAGUGGGGACUGGAAGGUCUGGAACGGUGCCCGAGGAGGCAGAGCUCCAGAAGUGGUCUUCUGGCCUGGUUGAUAAAUCCCAGAGCCACAAUUAAGACAAAGCACUGUGAAUGUGACACCUGUUGACAGCGGCAGGAUGGGCCAGAAACUGAUUAUGAAUGUGGCUUUGCAGGCAGCUCGUCGGUAGUAAGCUGGGCCUGGCCCACACAUAGGAGUGAAGCUAAGGGCAAGACUUGAUACCGGGGAGGAGGGCUCACCUCUAGUUAUCCAGGGCCUUGUGGAGGGUCCCCCUUGUCCAGGAAGUACAGCCUCUAUAGAGUGAAGCAGGAGAGAGCUCAGAGCUCACCUUUCAUAUGCAGGGAACAUAAGUCAUUCCCAUUCAAACAGCAGUUUCCGGCCAGGGAUCUUGACCAGGGAUCCUAAGUCCCUGGCUGCUAGGAGCUUGGGGAGCAGCAGGAAGGUGGAGAUGUGCCUAAGUGUUUGACUUAAGGAAAUGCCGCUGUGGGUGCCUGAGAAGACAGAGGACAAAGACAGUAGGUGAAUGAGAUAGAAAAAGAGUGGUCAAAAGACAUACACGGAAAGAUGCAGGUCACAAACUCGCAGCCCGUUAUGAAGAUCAAUAGAAAUUGGGAGCCAGCCAGGGCCCAGUGUCUGCAGAAGCCCGUUGCCUUGCUUUCACAGUAGUGUCGUGUCCGGCUGAGCUGGCUACAUAAGUAAACCUUUAAAAAGAAAAAGUUUGGGGUUGGGGAUUUAACUCAGUGGUAGAGCGCUUGCCUAGGAAGCGCAAGGCCCUGGGUUCGGUCCCCAGCUCUGAAAAAAAGAACCAAAAAAAAAAAAAAAAAAAGAAAAAAGAAAGAAAAAGUUUAAUGUUGGGAUCUGGAGAGACGGCUCAGCAGUUAAAAGCACAUGUUGCUCUUGCCAGGGACCCAGGUUCUACUCCCUGCACUCACACAGUGGUUCACCACCAUCCACAACUCCAGUUCUAGGAGAUCUGAUGCUUUCUUCUUAGCUCUGAGGGCACCAAGCACGUACUGGGUGCACAUUAAUGUAUGCAGGCAAGGCAUUCAUACAUGAAAUAAAGUGAAUACAUAUAUUUUUUUAAAAAGUUUGGUGCUACGUGGUUAAAAAAAAAAAGAUUUUUGCGGUGAAACUGGGCAAAACAUCCAAGGGCUGAAAAACGUCCAUGAUGCUGGGGGGGAAAUGAAGAUCUAAUCAGACGUGGUGGCAAAGCCUGCUAUCCCAGCAUGGAGAGGGCAGGCAGGGGAAUUACUUGAAAUACUUAACUACACAGUGAGUCUUAGGAUACCUUGGGUUACAGAAUGAGACUUCUCCAAAGAAAGAAAAGGAUUAGGAUUAGGAGGAGGAGGACUAGGAUGAGGAAGAGAAAAACAAAGAGGGGGAAGCAGGAGGAGGAAGAGGAGGAGGAAGAGAGGAGGAAGAGAGACAACAAGGGGACAGUCUUAGUUACUUUUCUAUUGCUGUGACAAAACACCAUGACCAAGGCAACUUACAGAAGAAAGCAUUUAGCUGGCCCCGGCUUCAAAGGAUUAGAUCCAUGACGGUAGAGCAGAGUCAGGGCAGCAGAACCAGCUGAUAGCUCACAUCUGGGCAAGCAAGAGGUAGAAGAGAACACAGCAGAACCUCAGGCUGCCCACCUAACCCCAGUGACACACCUCUCCCACAAAGCUAACCCUGAUCCUUCCCAAGCCAACCCAUCAACUAAGGAUGGAGUAUUCAAGCAAAUGAGCCUGGGGGGCCACUCUCAUUCAAACCAUCACAUCAACAUGGCCGCACAGGGAAACCGGGGAAGACCUGCAGGUGCUAUUGUCCAACUGUUGGGCCUCUGAACUGAGUGUGCCCUGUCCUUGCGCUGCUGGCUCUGAGGUCUUAGACCUGGUUCCCAGAGGAACUGAGCCCAAGCCUUUCUCUCUCCCUCCUCCCCGCUUUAUGCCAGAAAAAUCUCUGCUUUUAAGGCUCAUCUCAGAUGCCCACCCCUUCCAGGAAGCCUGUUCUGACUACUCACUUCAUUCUCUCUCCAACUAUCUCUUCCUCCCGUAAUCCCCUCCAGACACCCCUAAGCCUAUGCUCCCCUCUUUCAUCCUGACCAAGUUACCCAAAAAUAGGUUAAUAAAGAGCCCUCGUCUGUGCCAGAAAUGGGAAAGCCUUGGUUCCAGUCCUUCCGGAUGAGUAGCAGAGUAGCUUAUGCAACACCCACUUUACAGGUGAGAAAGCUGAGGCUCAGAUAGAUGAAGCAUCUUGCUCAGAGGCAAUAGCCAUUGGGUGCCAAGCCCAGGAGUUCAGGAUCGGGACUGUUAAUGCGGCCCGGAGCAGCACACUCCUGAGCCCAGAUAUUAGGUCUGGUCACUGCGUGUCCACACCGUUGGCCUUCUCUAACGAGUUCCCAGAGGAUGGUGCAUACAAUGAAUGGAUCUAGUCACCGAGCUUAACUUUCCUUUGGUGCUUCAGGGCUGGGGUUGGCAGACUACAUUUUGGGGGCCGAAUCCAGCACCCCUCCUAUUUUUAUAAAUAAAGUGUUAUCAGAACCUGGUCACACUUAUCUUUAGAUAUUGUCCAUGACUGCUUUUUAUACUUAAUAGCAAAGUUCUUCGACACAGACUAUGUAGCCCAUGAAUCCUGAAACAUUUAAUAUUGGUCCUUUGUAGAAUAACUCUGCUCCUCUCGUUACAAAGCUCAUCACCAAGCUCCUUAAGUCAGUGCUUAUUACUAAGUACCAAUAAGUCAGUGCUUGUUACUAAGUACCAAUAACCUUAUCUUUUAUGGUUUAGAAUAUUACGUGUGUUCAUGCUUUGGGCAUAUUUCAGUGGAUAUCUGGCAUGUGCCACUUUGUUAUUUUAUAGACAAGGUUCUUAUAAAAAAAAGAUUUGAGACUGGGAAUGUAGCUCAGUGGUAGACUACAUGCUUAGCUUGCAUGAGGUCCAGGUUCAACUCUCAUGGUCUUUGGAAAAUACAUAUAUGUAUGUGUAUGUGCAUAUGUAUAUUUAUUUACAUAUGUGAAGACUACGUAGCUACACACACACACACACACACACACACACACACAGGUAGAGUUUGUGUUCUGUUAUUUUGCAUGUGACUUUUUGGCAGCGCCUUGCUAGAUUUAGCAAACACUGAGCCAGGCAGAUCUUCCCUGAAGCAGAAGAGGGCAGAGUCUCCAUGGACACCCUCUGUGGGAUGUGACUCUGAUGCAUGCUGAACAGUAUUGAUGAGGCAGUUUUGAGGCAAAUGAAAAGCCUCCUGGUUCACAGAUUGUGCUGUCUCCUCUUUGCGGUGUCUGAGGUGAUCAUUGUACGGAGCUCCCAACCUCCCAUCCUGCUAGGGUAGAGGCUACUGUGUCUUCACGUUCUGCCCUGCAGGAGCAUCCUGAGCGGUUAGAGCUGCCUACCCAGCCCAGCUCCCUGGACCUCAGGACUGGCCCCAGAAAGGCUGGCAUCUGGGGCAGGAGCAACAUCAAAGCAGGGAUUGGCCAACUCCCACCACAAAUGCCAAGCAGGCCAGGCGCGGGCAGCACUCCGGGGCGUGACAAAUCUCAGCCUGUCUCUAGCUUGUGUUCCCCGGGGCCAGUCUGCCUUGGGCUUGCCACAUGAUGAUAGGUCUGUCAUUCAGCUUCACUCCUCUUCUCCUCAUUGUCUCGGGACUUCUCUGUCACUCAGCUGGCUACUGGGCCCUUCCUGGCCUGGAUCAGAAGAAACGAGGCAACCACAAAGCAUGCUGCCUACUGAUGCCCCCGCCACCCCCACUCUUCCCACCGCCAUUCUUCAGAGGCAGCCGAAGCCCGCUUCUCUCCCCAGACAUGAAGAAUCUUCUGGAACUUGAGGCCUCCCCAUCACCCUGCAUGCAAGGCUCUCUAGGCUCUCCUGGCCCCCCUGGGCCCCAGGGUCCACCUGGGCUUCCUGGCAAGGCAGGACCAAAGGGAGAAAAGGGGGAUCUUGGCCGCCCAGGAAGGAAGGGUAGACCUGGACCCCCAGGUGUUCCUGGCGAGCCCGGGCCCGUUGGCUGGCCAGGCCCUGAAGGACCCAGGGGCGAAAAAGGCGACGUGGGUAUGAUGGGUCUGCCAGGGUCAAGAGGACCGAUGGGCUCUAAGGGCUUCCCUGGAUCCAGAGGGGAAAAGGGAUCCAGAGGUGAAAGAGGGGACUUGGGUCCCAAAGGAGAAAAGGGUUUCCCUGGAUUUCCUGGAAUGCUGGGGCAGAAAGGUGAAAUGGGUCCAAAGGGAGAAUCUGGGAUAGCAGGACAUCGGGGCCCCACAGGAAGACCAGGGAAACGAGGCAAGCAGGGUCAGAAGGGAGACAGUGGAAUUAUGGGCCCACCAGGCAAACCUGGGCCUUCUGGUCAACCUGGCCGUCAAGGUCCUCCUGGGCCCCCAGGACCCCCAUCUGCAGGACAACUUGUAAUGGGACUCAAAGGGGAAAGAGGAUUUCCAGGGCCCCCGGGAAGAUGCCUUUGCGGACCCCCUGCGAAUGUGAAUAACCCCUCCUAUGGGGACCCCAUGUAUGGGCGCGGCUCCCCUCGAGUUCCUGCGAUUUUUGUGGUCAACAACCAGGAGGAGCUUGAGAAGCUGAACACUCAAAAUGCCAUUGCCUUUCGAAGAGACCAGCGAUCUCUGUACUUCAAAGAUAGCCUUGGCUGGCUCCCCAUCCAGCUAACCCCUUUCUACCCAGUGGGUUACACCAUAAAGCAGCAUGGCACCUGUGGGGAUGGGGUCCUGCAGCCUGGGGAGGAAUGUGACGAUGGUAACCCGGAUGUGAGUGACGGCUGCAUUGACUGUCAUCGGGCCUACUGUGGAGACGGUUAUCGGCACCGGGGCGUGGAGGACUGUGACGGCUCUGACUUUGGCUACCUGACGUGCGAGACCUAUCUCCCUGGAUCAUACGGAGAACUUCGGUGCACCCAGUAUUGCUCCAUCGACUCCACACCCUGCCGAUACUUCACGUGAGAGGCUGCAGGGACAGGUGGGCUGUGGCCCAUGGACCCGUUGGCUGUUUCUCUACCCUUCACAUCAAGCUGGCCUUGCCCUCUCCUGGGACAGUGCCCUUUGACCUUCAUGUGACAAAACAAGGAUAUAUUCUUGCUGCUACGACAUGCUUUUGACUCCGUAUGACUGGAAGUUUUGGACCACUGAAUCCUGUCUUAAUUCUAAGAACCAGAAUCCUUCUAUACGCCCACCCUGGAAACUUCCCCAUCCCCUCCAAUCUGGCUAAACAGCUGGCUGUAAUGCCUGAUCUCUUCUGGAAAGAUGCUGGCUCAAGCCGUGGAUUUGGCUUAGCACUGUUAAGCAUACAGGCAUCUACAGGCCUGGCGUGGUUCGUUCUGGUCUCAUCCAGGUUUAGGGGUGCUCGUGAACAGGCUUCUGCACCUCCAAGCACAUCUGUUCCGACCCAAGGCAGCCAGCUGCUGGGUCUCUCAAGAUUUAAGAACCACAUCAUAGGAGGUGAGAAAUUCUCUUGGUGCAGCUCCCAGCUUCAGACCUGCUGAGGGGGACCCUUCAGCUGGCUGGAGCCUGGAUCAACUUCAUGUUGAUCAGUCAGGGGUACGAGAGAGCCACAAGGCCCAAGCUUGGUCCCAGGAAGAGGGUGAAGGCUCAGCUGAGUCACUGCCAUGUGACCCCUACCAGAACAGAAACCUUCUUCCUCCCGAAGUUCUCUGAGGGCACCAUCUGACCUUGUGCUUCUCUCUGCACCUUGACCUCUGUCUUGACAGUGCCCUCUGCAACCGUGUCCUGUGUGAAAGUCUCACCCCUCAUGCCCAGCCCGUGCUGCUGUUUCCUCAUGCUGGCUUCCCUGGCUUGGGCUCCACUGCCAAGUCCUUGGCUGCAGGACGCGCCGGUGACUCUCUUCCAUGCCCAUCUUGCAUACCCCUUGUUCCCUCACUGUGUGCCCAACCUCUUCCUUUAUCCUGGGAUUCUUUUUCCUAAGCCCUGCAUUUCUGAGAACUGCCUUUCCCAUAUUUCAUGAAUGGGGUUUGGCUCUAUUUGGGGAAAACAUCGCUUUUUGUCCCCCUCCCCAAUGCGCGCACCUGCCUUGCCCCACUACCCAGGCUGCCUCUGGGCUGUGCAAAGCUCUUCAGUGAGCCCAAGCCUUGGGAAUUCAGCAGGUGGCACCUUCUCACCCAGCAAGUCCGAGCUGUGAAUGGUAUUUCCUGAGAGAAAUCAGCCUGAGGCUGUCUUCAUGGGCAGACAGCUAUGCUAUUUACUAUUCUGGGACUUCUGGGUGGGCAAACAAGAAAUAAAGGUGAUUCUUGGCUGUGG